UUUGUGGUUCGUAGUUGACUGUGCAGCCAUUUUGGGGAGGCUGUGGAUCGACGAGCUUGUGUGUGCCAUUAUUAGCUGCCCAAAAACACACAAAGAAACCAAACGGAAAAACGUUGGACGACACGCCGUUAAAUAUGGGCCCACCGGGAGACAGAACACGCCACAUGUCGACUGAAAGAACGGAGGAUUUCAGCUGGAUUGUCGAUUUAUCUUGACAUGGCAUGCAGCAGGGCGAGUCGGAGGUUGUGACGACUGAAGAAAAGAAGAGAAAGAAAACAAGCGCAGCAAACACCUCGAAACUUCAGACGUGGAAAGGGGAGAUUUUGUUUAGCUAACGCUAACGUUUAUUUCGCCAUUCAGCGUUUGUCGUUGGUUGGCCAUUGAUUCCCUGGCUGAUUUUUGUCGAUGUAGUUGUUGACAAGACACGACUGAAGCGAAUUAUACCGAGCUAAAAUGCUGAGCACAAGCAAAACCAGUUAGUCAGUCAACCCUGCAGGUCUCUUAACUCUCACAGCACUGGCAGUCACAUUGAACCGAGCGAGAAAAUGUAAACGCGUGGAAAGAUGACUGUACGCUAGCUAGCCAACCACACAUAGGCCUCAAUUAAGCCAAUCAGUCAGAAGAUAAGAUGUAGCUAAAUUGUUUGUUCACUACUAGUUAGUGUUGGAAGUGAAUGCCUAGAUUAGCUUGCUAGCUCACAUUAGCUAGUGUGCUAAAAAUACGCCCACAUCAUGACUAUCAGCAAUGGCAGCACCGCAGGCCGUGGGCCAAAUGAGUGGCAGUAACAGUCAAGGAAAUGUCAAGGUACUUUCGCAGUAGUCUUCGAUGUUACCCGGUGCCAAUAUCUCCUGGCAUCCGUAUUUACCUGCCAUGUUCGUCUGUAUCCCCAAUCCGUCUGUAACACGCACAUAACGCAGUCUCUACAGAGAAACAAACACAAAACGACAGCCAUGGACGAGGGACUUUGAAAUGACCCAAACAAUAGAAUAUUUGUCUGCUUGCUAGUCUCUGUAAUCCUCAAUUUUACUGGCAACAAUAUAUUGCCGGUAUGGGCUUUUACAGUAGCAGCCGUUUCUGUUGAUUUCAGUAACAUUCACAGAAAAAGUUAGUCAAAACAAGAAAAGUUAGUCAAAUUUGAGUUGCUCUUUCAUUUAAAUAUCUGUUGUAAUCCCUUGUCGAUGGCAGGUUGAAAAAAAAACUCAUUUGGCUUAAAAGUCAUGUCUUAAAACAUGAAUUUCUGAACCAGUAAUAAGGAGAUGUAGUCUUAGCUUGUUGAUCAUUCCCCUCCUCAACACUGCCCUUUUACAAAAAUUAAAAUGACUUAGUUUUGUUUCUGAUUUGUUGACCUUUUCAGUUGGUAGUUAGUGAGUAAUUCACAGAUCUAGCCUAGAGUUGUUUGAUGCGUUGUUUCUGCAAAGGGUAGCUAGCUCCAUCCUUUAUCCAACGGAUAAAUACAAAAGUAGAGUGUAGCCAAAAAAUUCUGCGCAAGAGAGGAAGACACUACCGUCAAAAUCUAACCAUGGGGGACCCAACUUCACGAAGAAAUCAGACAAGAAAUCGACUUCGAGCUCAACUUCGGAAGAAAAGGGAAUCUUUGGCUGAUCAGUUUGACUUCAAGAUUUAUAUAGCCUUCGUUUUCAAAGAAAAGAAGAAGAAGUCGGCACUUUUUGAGGUAGCUGAAGUGGUGCCAGUGAUGACCAACAAUUAUGAAGAAAACAUCCUACGAGGGGUGCGGGAUUCCAGCUACUCUCUUGAGAGUUCGAUAGAACUCCUGCAAAAAGAUGUUGUGCAACUACACGCCCCCCGAUACCAGUCAAUGCGAAGGGAUGUGAUAGGCUGCACACAGGAGAUGGACUUUAUCCUUUGGCCACGCAACGAUAUUGAGAAGAUUGUCUGUCUGCUGUUCUCCAGAUGGAAGGGGGCCGAUGAUGAACCCUUUAGGCCUGUUCAGGCCAAGUUUGAAUUUCAUCAUGGAGACUACGAGAAGCAGUGCUUGCAUGCUUUGGGUCGUAAAGACAAGGCUGGAAUGGUCAUGAACAACCCAACUCAGUCUGUAUUUCUCUUCAUGGAUAGACAGCACUUACAGACUCCUAAAACCAAGGCCACAGUUUUCAAGUUGUGCAGCCUCUGCCUGUACUUGCCCCAGGACCAGCUGACCUGCUGGGGUGUCGGAGACAUCGAGGAUCACCUUCGCCCAUACAUGCCUGAUUAAGGCUUCCUGCUCCACUCAGCCACAUAGGGAGAAGCCCUUCCCCUCCUUCCUGCCUAAGCUUUCAGAAGCAAAUUGAUGUACUCAUCUCCACCCGUUUCCUUUUAAAAGAUUUGAACUUGUGCUUGGAUCUUUUUUUUUUUUUUUUUACCUACUCGUUCUUCCCUCCCUGACCUGAAGCUGAUUCAAUUCCCAUCCUUGUUUUUUUUUUUUCCCCUUACACUCCCAAUGUUCCUCCUCUUCUCUCUGCCAUUUUUGGAUUGGUUCCCCUGAUUUUUUUUUUUUUUUUUUUUUUUUUUUUUUAUUUUACUCCCUGUUCAUUCCCUCCUACUCACUCAUCCAUUUUUGUUUAUUUGAACCUGCACGAACAUUGAUUUUGAGUGGUUGGUUGUUCUCUUGGAGCCGCACUGUCAGCAGCACCGGUCAUUGAAGGAACUCUUUAUGUUGCAUCAAAACAGGAACAAACAAUACACAGGUCUUCACGGUGGUUCUCAGAUGGACGUGUUUUAUAUCCUUGUUGUCAUAAGAAAGGAUUGUUAAAGCUUGUUUGUAAUGUCAAUGGGGUUUCUAGAACAACUUUACACAAUCUUUUGACCAAGGACAAGUGUGAAUAGGCGUUAAAACACCUGUAUGAGAAAAGAAAACAAGAUGAACAAUAUUUGUCAAAUCAUAUGGUGUAGGUAUUGCUUCUUAUAAACCGCCUUAGUUUUUUUGCUGGACUUUUAAAAAAAUGUUUUGGUGUCAUUUGCUUUCCUCUGAAACAUGCUAGGCAGGCCUUUACUAAAAUCUUGAGUGACUUGAAAGGCAUUGUACACAAAGUUGAGACAUGUUGGUUAGAUGAUGAAGGUCAUUGUCACCGUUCAAGCACCAUUCAUUUAAGCUACUGAAAACUGAUGUUUUAUGUUUUGUUUUGUUUGGGAUGUGGGUUGGUGAGAAACUGAAAUGGUGACAUACUUAAUGUUUAACAUACCUAACAAAAGUUGCUGAAAGCUAACUGAUUUUUGUUUAAUUUGACCUACUAAAAUUAAGAUAAUUUGCUGCCAUGCUCAUCAAAUUAAAAUUGGGUUUUGCAGGCUUGCUUGCCAAAGAAUAUGAAGUACAUAUAAUUUUGCUCCUUGUUGAUUCAGUGUGUUCAGUUGAAAGGGUAUAAGGUGUGUAACUUCUGGGUUUUUUCUGUUGAUUCUCAAAUCAAUACUGCUGAGCAUAUCCCAAUACAAUGCAAAUUCUGAAAGCAUAA